AUGGUCUCGACUAAGAUCGCAAAUGCGCUGCACGUCUUUGCCCUUGUGACGGUCGCAAACCAGCGGCUGUCGAUUCAAGACUUGCUUGUCGCAGCCUUAGUCGUUGUCUCGUUUGAGGCUCUGCAACGAGUCACGCACGAGUCGGAAGUUCCGCACACCGUUGAAACCCUUUUGUCGCAGGCACACGGCGCGGUCGCCCGGUCGGAAAUCUCUGGGUCACCCCGGCCUGUCAACUUAACGCGCAAGCACUCGGCAUCAAAUCCGGAAUCGCUUUCGCUGUCUAGCGGGAGCAAGGAUGCUGAGAUCGACAGGAUGCACAAACGCCUCGCGGAGUUCAGGAUGACUGAGAAGGCACGGGAUAUCGAUCUGAAGCGCACAAAGGCUGAGCUGCACAAUGCGCGUGCGACGCUGGACGAGACUUUCGCGGAGUAUGCGUCUUUGCGCGAUGAGCUGAAGACCAUGAAGCAAACGCUAGGUCGGGACCAUCAAGCCGUGAUUUAUCGGAAGGAUAUCGAAUUAUUUGCUUUGCGCAAAUCGAAUGAGCAGAAAGAGAACUAUAUCAAAGAUCGCGAGGUCAAACUUGAUGACAUUUACCGACAGCACAAGGCCGCGCUGGAGCUCAAGGACGCUGAGCUUCGAAACGUGAAAGAGCGUAUCUUGUUCCUGGAGAGGCAGGCAAGUCCGAAGUUCCAGAACGACGAUAAGGUCGACAGCGCGACUGAGAGCGAUUCGCAGGCUGCGCUGCAGAUCAAAUUUCUCCGUGUGAAAGGGAGAAACUCGACGGAGGUCGAUGACCGAACGCUUGAUGAGAAGGACACCGAGAUUGCCAAGUUGAAGGCCGAACUUGCAGAUGCUGUUGCUGCCGGCGAUGCUAUGAACAACACGCAAAUCGAGCUGCGGCGAGCAUGGGAUGCAACAUCCGAAGUACAGCAGGCGCUUAACGACGAGCGAAGACAACACCUCCAGAACCAAGAGAAAUUGCGCGAAGCAGCCCUACAAAUCGAAGAACUUAUCAAGAACACCCAAAGACCUUCUCCAAUCAGGCUCGACACCAUCGAGGAGCAGAAUGCGCAAGAGCUGGAAGCCAUGUUCAAUACCGCACAACAAGACAACUCCCGUCUCUACGGCGAAGUCGAAGCCCUUGAGAAACGCGUCCGCGAGGCAAACGCCCGAGUCUUCAUGUCCGAACAGGCCGCCGAAGCGAUGCGCGAACAGCUUCGCCUCGAGAAAGCUAUCAACGACGAUAUGGAGACCGCGCGCCCGAGUAUCGUCCAUCGCGUGCACUUCCAGCGUAUGGAGGGUCAACUCAAGGAAAGUCAUGAAGAACUCGAGACCAGGAACGAGGAGAUCAAGAAGCUGCAAAUGGCGGCCACGGAGAGGGAUGCGAAGGUUGAGGAACUCCGCAAAGCUGGUGAAGCGUCUUCUUCCGCGCAGACCAAGCUCCAAGAAGAGAACGAGCGCCUCAAGCAGAACGUCAAGGAGCUAGAAUCCACUAAAGAACAACUCAUGCUCGACCACGAGCGCCUCGCGCGCCACCGCGCACGCAAUAGAACUACCUCAGCCGAACACACAUCCGCCCGUUCCAGCAGCGCAACACUCAUUCAUGAACCUCCCCAGCCUCCUACAGUCCCUGCAGAAGAAGAGCCACCUCUACCCGCGCGCCCCGUUCCAAUCACCCCGACAACGCCCACGCCGAGCAGCAUCCAAGGCACGCCUGAGCGACAUCUCCGCCGCGAACCGCCGCCAACCCGUCUCAGUAUGAUAUCCAACGAUGUUCCACCCGCCGAGCUGCGGCAUUCUAAACGGAAGUCGCUCACGCUAAAGGGCCUGAUGCGGAAGAUCGUACGCAAAGAUGAAGACGAAGUAGCGGACAACCCUGUAGUAGAAAGCCCACGCCCCAAGACCGCCCUCGUGCCGAAAGACAAGAAUGCGAUGCUAAGGCCGAAGACUGCCGCGCCGGACAGUACCGCAGGAAACAAGGCGAAAGAGGACAGGCCCAAGACCGCUGCGCCGGCGAAAGAGGAGAGCGGGCAUAGGAGGUAUUACUCUGAGGGGAGGCCGAAGACGGCGGUUACGGGGAUUAGAAAGGAGGGGAGGUGCAAGGAGAGGGUGGGAGGCCUAAGAGUAGGGGUGGGCUGCUUCGUAAGUGCCUCUGUUUUGGACUGCUUUUAUGUGCGGAUGUGCUGA